AUGUCAGACUUCAACCUCGAAGAGCCACUUACCUCCUCUGUGCGUCCAAUCACGGACUCUAUUAUCACUGUCCGCAUCAUCAAAUCCUUCCCUUACCGUAAUGUCAAGAACGUGAUAUUGAAGGAUGUAAAUCUUCAAGAACUUACCCCACAGAAGCUACACAAGCUCAUGCUCGACAAGAUCAACACCGAGGGUGCCUACCGCCCCUACAGGAACGUGGUCUACGACACUUUGAAGGUGUACAACCAUGCUCACCAGUCCAAGAGCAUGAACUUGGUUGUCAACAUGGAAGACGAUGAAGGCUUGGUCUUGAAGUUAGACGACGAAAGGUCUGUGUACAAAUUGGGUGUGGAAAACGAGACGGAAUUGAGCUUGUUCAACUGGGAGGCCUACGAGGAGUUCAAGAAGAACCCGGAAGAAAAGUGGUAG